GCCAGUCCACAUUUCACAGGAGGCACCGACGCGCCGUCUCCCUCCAACAUUUCUGUCGAGCUCGGGUAACAAAACAAGCGGAGCAGCAGCAGCACUCGCGUCUCUGUCCGGGACUCACCCUCACAUUUAUAUCUCUCAGGAGGUUUUAUUCUCCCAGGACGUUUCUCUCCAAACAUAUAGAUCUCAGGAUAUAAGUUAUUUACAGUAGCAUUAGAUCCUGGGAAGAUGGGUUCGGUCCCGGCGAUAUCGGUCCUUAUUUUGGGCAUUGUGGUUCCAGCGCUGGCCGGAUACAUUGAGGCGCUGGCAGCCAAUGCAGGCACGGGGUUUGCCGUGGCCGAGCCACAGGUGGCGAUGUUCUGCGGAAAGCUCAACAUGCACGUCAACAUUCAGACCGGCCGCUGGGAACCCGACCCGUCCGGAACCAAGAGCUGCGUAGGAACCAAAGAGGGCGUGCUGCAGUACUGCCAGGAGAUGUAUCCUGAGCUCCAAAUCACAAAUGUGGUGGAGGCCAACCAGCCAAUUCGCAUCGAGAACUGGUGCAAGAAGGAGAAGAAGGUGUGCAAAGGACACGCCCACAUCGUGGUGCCUUACAAAUGCUUAGUGGGCGAGUUCGUGAGUGACGUGCUUCUGGUUCCAGAGAAGUGCAAGUUCUUCCACAAGGAGCGUAUGGACAUGUGCGUCAGCCACCAGCAGUGGCACGGCGUGGCCAAAGAGGCCUGCGCCAAGAGCUCCAUGGUGCUGCACAGCUACGGCAUGCUGCUGCCCUGUGGCAUCGACAAGUUCCACGGCACGGAGUACGUGUGCUGCCCGUCCUCGCGCGCCGGGGAGUCCGCCCCGCCUUCCCUGCCCUCGCAGGAGGACGACGAAGAGGAGGAGGUAGAGGAUGAGGAGAUUGACGAGGCCGACCUAAUCGAGGAGGAGAACAGCGAGACACCCGCCGACGAGCAGCCCACACAAAAGGAGGAUCCCGUGGACGAGGACGAAGACGAGGAGGAGGAGGAUGAGGAGGAGUACCACUACGUCUACGAGGACGAGGAGACCGAUAAGGACAACGAGGAGGACGAGGAGAAAGAGAGCAGCAGAAUGGACGAGAGCCAAGACGAGGACAAGACCCUGCAGGAAGUGAAAGCCGUGUGCACCCUGGAGGCCGAGACCGGCCCCUGUCGGGCCUCCAUGCCCCGCUGGCACUUCGACUUGAGCCAGAGGAAGUGUGUGCGCUUCAUAUACGGGGGCUGUGCCGGCAACCGCAACAAUUUCGACUCAGAGGAGUACUGCAUGGCCGUGUGCAAGCGCCUGACCAUGCCUCCGACUCCUCAGCCCACCGACGAUGUUGACAUCUACUUUGAGACCCCGGCCGAUGACAAGGAGCACAGUCGCUUCCAGAGGGCCAAGGAGCAGCUGGAGAUCAGGCACCGCAACCGCAUGGAGAGGGUAAGAAAAGAGUGGGAGGAGGCCGAUCGUCAGGCUAAGAACCUGCCCAAGCCUGAGAGGCAGACAUUGAUCCAGCACUUCCAAGCCAUGGUGGAGUCCCUGGAGGAGGAGGCAGCCAGCGAGAAGCAGCAGCUGGUGGAGACUCACCUGGCUCGGGUGGAGGCCAUGCUGAACGACCGCCGCCGUCUGGCCCUGGAGAACUACCUGGCUGCCCUGCAGGCGGACCCCCCCAGGCCCCACCGCAUCCUGCAGGCCCUGAGACGGUACGUCCGCGCCGAGAACAAAGACCGCCAGCACACCAUCCGCCACUACCAGCACGUCCUGGCCGUGGAUCCUGAGAAGGCUGCUCAGAUGAAGUCUCAGGUGAUGACCCACCUGCGCGUGAUCGAGGAGAGGAUGAACCAGAGUCUAUCUUUGCUCUACAAAGUACCAUACGUGGCCGACGAGAUUCAGGAUGAAAUUGACGAGCUUCUCCAGGAGCAGAAGGCCGACAUGGACCAGUUCCUGUCGUCGAUCUCCGAGUCACAGCCCGACGUCACCGUGUCGUCAGAGGAGAGCGUGGAAGUCCUCGUGUCUGAGGGGAAACCCUACCGGCCCUUCCAGGUCACAUCCUUGGGGUCUCGUUCGGAGCCAGAGGGCGAUCUAUCAGACUCCCCACGUGCCUUCAAGAAAGGCUCCGCCAUGUCUGGAUUGGACGGUCUGAUAGGCGCUGAGGAGAGAAUCAUCAACAGCAAACCCAAGAUCAGCAACAACGUGGUGAUUGAUGAGUCUCUGGAUGUUAAAGAAGUGGUUUACAGUGCAGAGAGAGUCAGCGUUAUGCAUGAUGAUGAGCUGGAGGCCUUCCGCCCCCUGGGAGAGGACUUCAGCUUCGGGAGCAGCGCGCUCAUCGGCCUGCUGGUGAUCGCGGUGGCCAUAGCAACUGUGAUUGUGAUCAGUCUGGUGCUUUUGAGGAAGAGGCAAUACGGCACUAUCAGUCACGGCAUCGUGGAGGUCGACCCCAUGCUGACACCAGAGGAACGCCACCUCAGCAAGAUGCAGAACCACGGCUACGAAAACCCCACCUACAAAUACCUGGAGCAGAUGCAGAUCUAACCAGAGCCUGCAGGGCGGCGCUGCAGAGUCUUGACAGAGGGGGAACAUACUACUGACCAAUAACAUAUGCUAUUGUUAAAAGAAUCAUUUGCAUACAUCCAAACUCCAUUUACUGGUUUGUUCGAAACAAUCCUUAAAUAAUGCUACUACUUCUACUACUGCUACUAUUGUACUAUAGAGCUCUUUUUGAUCAUGUUUCUUUUGAAAAAGGUGAUGUAUCUGCCAUUUUUUUUUGCAUAUUACGGAAAAUGUGAUUCUGCAGAUUUUCUCUGUAAUUAUCAAUACAGCUAUCUCAGAUCAAGAUGUAUGACAUUUCUUCUGACAUUUUCUUUCUUUUUUUUUUUUAAAGUGCAAAUCAAGCAAAAAUUUAAAUGUUUAUUUUUUGUUUUGUUUUUUUUUGUUUUUUGAGUGGCCAUCGUCAAACCGGCAUAAACAGACCGGACACUGCGCCUCCGUUUCCCAUCAUGCAAAGUGUCGUUCAUGCAGUUUCUGAUGUUUGUUUUUUUUUUCUCUCCGAAUGAAUUGGUGUUUUAUUUUGUUCUUAUUCCUCUCAAUAGAUUGCUUGUAUAUGAAGGUUCUUUGUACCAAUUAAAAAAUGUAUAGUGAAACAACAAAUGAGAAAAAAAUGAAAUCAUGAAUUAUUUACUUUCUGUUCUUUGUUAUGAUGACAGACAAAAAUAUACAUAUACAGUUUAAAUAUAUAUAUAUAUAUAUAAAUAUAAGAGUAGAUGUUUUUAUUCCACCUUUUUUUCCCGGGAAAGAGGUAAUAAGUCGGUUUCGGCUUCUGAGCGCGGCGGUCGUGGUUUGUGUUUUGCAGGCACACUGUUAGAGAGAGUCAGGGUAGGUGAAGGUGUGCACAGACCCCCAGCUCAGACACAACACACGAAAACCUACUCUUAACUAAGUGAAUGUGAUUUUUUUUUUUUUUUUAAAUUUCCCCCUCGACACACACAAACACACUUUCAUCAGUAGGGAAGCAUCGAGAGAUUACCUAUGUGUUACAUAGUUGAAUGUACUGGAGAAGCUUUUUUUUUUUCCAUACUAUGUACCUGACAGGUUCCUUGUUGACGACAUAACACAUCAAACAAAAGUGUUGGGUUUUUUGUUUUUGGUUUCUUGUUUUGUUUUUGCACAAAUCAUCUGAAGCAAGAAGCAGAAAUGCUCCUUUGAAAACAUCAAUCUUGGGGAUGACGUACACACACCGUCAGUCUGACAGAUCAGAACAGGGCCGGCCCGGUUGGGGCCCGUCUACCACCAGGGGAGUGAAAAUGCAGAAUAAAUGUUGGAUUUACGUUUAAGUUUGAGCUCCCAACAAAUGCAAAACAACUGAAAAACGUUUUUUCUUAACCUGCAUAAACCAAAUUUUGGGAUUGUAACAACUAAUUUGCUGGGAACUCAGACUUUCACCAGAACACAUUUUUGCAGUCUGGACGCCCUGAAAGGUUUGGACCGGCCCUGAACGAAUAACCAACCGUGUAGACCGCUCGGAGCUGGAGGGGCUGUGCAGGCAGACAGAGACACACAGAAAGACGAAGGCUUGGAGAGCUGGUUUCUGAUUAAAGCGAAUUUGUGUAUUUUUACAGGUGGAGAAUGACACAAACAAGUAAACUGAAUCCUUUUUUUUUCUCUCUCUCUCUCUCUUAGUAUUGUCUUUGUAUGCCUGUAUAGUUGAUGUUGCAAUCAUGGCUUUUUUUCCGGAGGAUUACCUGUGGUGUGCAUUGUUCUUAUAUGAAAUGAUAUGAUAUAUAUUUUUAAGUUUGUUUUCUUGUUUUCUAUUUUUUCUCUUCCUGUGACAGUAUCUCUGUAUGUGACUGUCUCACUAUGCACCCCCCCCAAAAAAAAAAAAAAAACGGCUUCAAUCUUGUAACUGUCUGCCUGAUUGUGGGACUGGGAACUAAUAAAUGAUGCAUAUUAGUGAUUAAAAAACAAAAAAAACAAAAAAAACAAUUUGAUUGACACCAGUGGAAACAGAUUUAUGGUUACAGUUUGGGGGAUACACAUCAAUAAACUCACAACUUCCA